AUGCUAAGAGGGGGUCUCAUGGAAUUCGACGCUGCUAGCUUCCUUAAUGUGGUCGUUUGUGUAAUCCGAAGCUCUCCUUUACGUGAGGUGUCGGCAGCAGUUGCGCGGAUGCCAAGAUUAGAGUGCUUGGAAAUAGAUACCUCCCGUUCUCCAAUACCCAGAACGCUCUCUCGAGCCGGUGCGCUAAAAGGUGCCACGAAGCUCCGUCACCUGCGUUUCUUCCCGAAUCAAGUCCUUCUCGAGUCGGAAGCAUUCCAGAGUCAUCCUUGGGAUUACGGCGAUGUGGCCAAUAUCUUCAAUACCCUUCCAUCACUUACCCACGUCAGUUUCCUACUUAGCCCUGCUCCGACAGAUUACUGCGAGUAUUGCUGCUUUAUCAAGGGGUCGGCGCGACCUGUGAAGCUCCGCGCCCUUCGACCACAGGUGUCAAAGGAUGACUUGUACGAGUGGUGGACCGACUGGAUAGAAGAUUAUGCAGUUGUCCCCUUCGAGCCCAGCGAUCCUCGAAUGGGAUAUCAGGGCGACUUACUGUCGUAG